AUGUUUACGGGAUUCCAAUCUCAAUUUAGCAAUGAAAUCGUAGUCGACAAAAUUCAAGAUAAGUCUUGUGGAUGGGCCGAAAUUGGUGGAAAAAGUUAUUUGGGUCAAGUUGAGAUGUUUGAUCUAUGCAUCAGUUGCCCAUCUAUUACAACAGUAUCCACCAUGAAACGAGCUCUUCUAUGCACCACCUUGUUAUCGGCAGCAGUAACGGGAGCUGAACCUGAAACCAACUUUCUUCGUAGAAAUCGAUCAUCAUCACAAAAGCACAAAUACGAAACAAUAAAAAGAGUGGCAACUAGACCCAAGCCUAAACCACAACAGCUCAAGGAUGUUUGGGAACAUGCAGUCGCUACUGCAAACUUUGAGGUGGUGACGGAACGGGAACUCUUUGACUCCAGGGACUUGCAAAUGAGUAUAAUGCCUACACUGCCGCCGACACCUCCACCGAAACCGACACCACCUCCAACGCAAAGUCAAACACCAAGACCAACCCCCGUUCCAACGCCGAAUCCAACACCAAGUCCAACUCCCGCUCCAACUAUACCUUCGAGCUGUCCAGUCGGUACAACUCGUCAGCAGUAUCUUCUUGAUAUUCUCAAAGAGGUUACGGCUGAUUCUCUUCUGCUAGAUAACACGACUCCACAAGGUCAAGCAUACCUAUACAUGGCAACUGAAGAUCCCGGUUUGACCAGCCUCUGUUCUGCAACCACGACACCUCUGCGAGAUGGCCCUGCGUCCAGGUUACAGCAACGAUAUGGCCUCAUCACAACAUACUAUGCGUUGGAAGGAGGCAACUGGAUUGAUCGGAACGGUUGGCUUGGGGCAAGUCAAGAAUGCAACUGGUUUGGUGUGGAAUGUAAUGCUAACAGCGUGGAUGUGAGAUUUCUUCAACUGAAGGAGAAUGGGCUCGUUGGGGAACUGACAUCGGAGAUUAGCACCUUGCAAGCAUUGGAGCGGCUGGAAUUAUUCGACAACAACAUCUUUGGGACAGUUCCAGCCACCAUUUCAGAACUCUCCAAUCUUGUUCUCUUGGAUAUCGAGCAAAAUCUGUUUACUGGGGAUGUAUUGCCUGCUUCUGUCUUGCAAACGACCUCCCUUAUUGCGUAUCGGGCAUCCAGCAACUUUCUCGAUGGUUCCAUCCCUACAGAGGUUGGGAAUAUGCAGAAUCUUCAGCAACUCUGGUUGGGUGAUGCUGAACUCACAGGAACUCUACCAAGUGAAAUUGGUUCUCUCUCGGAACUACAGUUCCUGUUUCUGUAUGACAACACAUUUCAAGGAGAAAUGUUUGGGACGUUACCGACAGAAUUGGGGAAUCUCUCGGCACUGAUUGAUCUACGAUUAUACGGACAAGCAUUCGGUGGGAGUCUUCCAAGAGAUCUGUUCAGAGCUACGUCUCUGGAGUCGCUAUUUCUGGAUCAGAAUGCUUUCGUCGGCUCGUUGCCAACAGAAGUCGGUGAUUUGACGAACCUCUCAAACCUUCGAUUGGACGAAAACCGAAUGACUGGAACUAUACCGACUGAGAUUGCCAGUUUGGUUCAUUUAGAAAAAUUAAUCAUCAACAGCAAUUUCUUCCGAGGCACUCUUCCGGAUGUUUUCGAUGCUUUCGAUCGUCUCGAAACCAUCGAUGUAUUGUCAAAUUCACUAACGGGAACCAUUCCAGCCUCGAUAUUCGACGUGCCUACCCUCCAUUUGGUGUACCUCUCGAAUAAUACCUUCACAGGCACGAUUCCAAGCACUUACUCGAGACCACCGCUGUUGAGGGAUCUAUAUUUGGACGGCAAUGGCUUAACCGGUACUAUUCCGCCACUCCUCCAGCCUAACGAUUUGCCAGAUCUCAACGAGCUGUUGCUCCAGAACAAUUUUCUGACUGGAAGUGUCCCAACCUCGAUUUGCGAUCUACGGGGAGACGCAGGAGACUUGGAUGACUUGUUCGUGGAUUGUGGAGGUGACAAUCCUCGAGUGCAAUGCAACUUUCCAACGUGUUGCAAUCGAUGCUUUGAGGCAAGCUCCGCUUCCAGAUAG